AUGUCCCGCCCUCUCGCGCGCCUCGGCCUCACGGCGCCGCGCGCCGCGCUGUCUCGCCCCUUGCUCCGGACCUUCGCCUCGAGCGCCGUGCGCGCGGCCCAGCCGGCCAGGAAGGACGAGUACGCCAACGGCCCCUCGGCCAUCGACAAGGCGGCCCAGCUCUUCUUCUUCACCGAGAUCUUCCGCGGCAUGUGGAUCACGCUCGAGCAGUUCUUCCGCCCGCCCUACACGAUCAUGUACCCGUUCGAGAAGGGCCCGCUGUCCCCGCGGUUUAGGGGAGAGCACGCGCUGCGGCGCUAUGCGAACGGCGAGGAGCGCUGUAUUGCAUGCAAGCUCUGCGAGGCCAUCUGCCCCGCGCAGGCCAUCACGAUCGAGUCCGAGGCCCGCGUCGACGGCUCGCGCAGAACAACCCGCUACGACAUUGACAUGACAAAGUGCAUCUACUGCGGUUUCUGCCAGGAGGCGUGCCCUGUUGAUGCCAUUGUCGAGACUGGCAACUUCGAGUACACGACCGAGACCCGCGAGGAGCUCCUGUACAACAAGGAGAAGCUCCUCGCCAACGGCGACCGCGCCGAGGCCGAGAUUGCGGCCAACCUCCAGGCUGACCACUUCUACCGAUAA